AUAUAGAACUCGACGCGCUCUUUCAUUUGAACCAACUUCAAGGUUCUACGUUAGGAAAUAUGGUUAGCAGACGUUCUACAAGUUAGACUAAAUCCGUUGCGAGGGUGAAAUUUUUUCUAACAAAAGUAGAGACUACCGAUUUUCACCACUCGGCUCAGCCGAAUGAACACGUUUUACUUUAAGUAACGCGUUCAGUGCCUGCUAAAAGGCGUCAGAUAUGUCAACUAAUGCGUGUAUAGGCACGUUAACUUACAAAAAAUAUUUGCUUGGGAAUUGACUAUACUCUAUGCAAUAGCCUUAACUAUUCUUGCACCAUAACCGUGAAUAUGCUCUUUGCCAAUAACCUUAACUAUGAUCUUCUCCAUCAUGGCACGACUCUGAUGCACUUGUUUUUUUUACAGUGGGAGAUGAUUAACUAAUUUACCUCCUUUUCGAGAUGAGUCAUUGAUGCCUUCUAAUCUGAGGCAAAAGAGGUAUGUCGUGAGUAUUGUGCAAGAAGAGAAUAAUAAAAUAUUAAAAAAGUCAUUUGAUUCAUCGAUACACAUACACAAUGACUUCAGCCAGAAAGAUGCAGUUUGUACCACCAAAUUCAACAGAAAUCAAGAAAGCAAUCGGCAAUAUUGAUGAGGUGUCGUAAUUAGACUUGUUCACACUUACAUUCAAAUGUAGACUCUUGUCUAUCAUUUCAGCUACCAAAAGAUAUUCAAUCUGCUUUAAGCACUAACAUUGAUCAAAGUUUUUUCCCAGUUCCUGUGCCGACUUCUUCCGAUUGGUUAUCACAACAUAAAGAACCUGGACAAACAUUACUAUCAUUUGAAAGACAGCAAAUGAAAGCAACUCCUCAUUCAACAUAUAAAACAAUCUAUGUUCAACCGUUUCAAGGUAUCAAUGAAUUACGCGCACCAUCGUUAGAAUUAAUAUCCAAUUUUUCAUGUGCUUUUUUUCAUGGUUGUGACAUUGAAGUAUUACCAGCCGUUAAUUUUCUACCCACAAUGAAACGACGUAUUAAUGAAUGGACAAAACAAGAACAAUAUUUAGUCAGUGAUUUAUUAGAUUAUUUGAACGAGAUGAAAUCGAAACGAAAUAUGCGCAAAGAAUUAGUAUGUAUUGGAGUGACAAUGAGCGAUAUUUAUCCUGGUGAAAAUUGGAAUUUUGUCUAUGGUCAAGCUAUGAUGACAGAAGGUUACGGAGUUUAUUCAUUUGCACGUUUCGAUCCCUUAUUUCCGUACAAAACAAUAAAUAUUGAAUUGACGGAUGAACAUCGAAUUAUAAUUCUAAGAAGAGCAAUAAAAGUAUUUAUACACGAAUUAAUGCAUUUAUUUGGAUUACAUCAUUGUAUCUAUUAUCUAUGUUUAAUGAACGGAGCAAAUCAUGAAAAAGAGAUGGAUCAACAACCAUUGUAUUUGUGUCCGGUUUGUUUGAGAAAAGCUUAUUCAACAUUUCAAUUUAAUAUUGUUGAUAUGUAUCAGACAAUCAUUGAUCAUUGUCAAAAAUUAAAAUUUGACUAUGAAACAAAUUGGUACACCAAUAGAUUAACACAUAUAAAAUCCAAUAUAAUUGAAACUGAUACCAAAAAAUAA